AUGCAGCAGAGGGCGUUGUCGAACACUAAGAUUGAAGUGAUUUGGAACUCUUCGGUGGUGGAGGCGUAUGGAGAUGAGAACGGGAAAUACGUGCUUGGUGGUUUGAAGAAUUUAGUGCCAAUUAACCAAGCAAGUGCCAGAACUGGUCGGAGGAACUUCGCUUCUACUAACAAUUAUCAUGAGUUUAAAGGUACCUUUUGCAGGGUUUCUGGUCCUACAAGUUGGGCAAGCAAUCAUCAAGUGGAAAACGAUUUCUCUGUGAUGAACAAGGGAGUUGCAGAGAAAAAUCCUCUUUCCAAGUCUACUUCGUUCUCCGAGGAUGGUGUUAAGCCUGAGACGUCUAAAGCAAGUUCAGAACAAGUUGAUGCACCUGUAUCUGUGUCUACAGAACCAUUUACAAGAUGUAAUUCCUGCUCAGGUCUCACAGCAUGUUGUGACUAA